UACCGUAUGAUGUCGUGGCGUUUUCUGACGUACACAAACUUGCCACAGUUAAACAGAAACCGUUAACUGUAUUUGAAUCUGACUUUUAUUCUCUUACGUCGCCUCCUGACAGUUUUACCUUCAGUGUUUGAAGAUGAGGCGUGCCGGUUUGGGUGAAGGAGCCUCUGGGAAUUAUGUAGCGAGUGGAUACAGUGUGUAUGAAGAGGAAAAUGAACACCUACAGGAGGGUCUGAGGGCUAAAGUCAGCGCUUUGAAAAGUCUGUCUAUCGACAUAGGGACGGAAGUCAAAUAUCAGAAUAAAAUGUUGGAUGAAAUGGACUCAGACUUUGACUCCACAGGCGGUCUGCUUGGUUCCACCAUCGGCAGGGUGAAGCGGCUGUCCAGAGGCAGUCAGACCAAACUGCUGUGCUACAUGCUGCUCUUCUGCUUUUUUGUCUUCUUUGUUCUCUACUGGUUCAUCAAGCUGAGGUGAUAGGAGGAGCCUGCAGAGAUCCCUACAGUCUGUGCCAACAUAUUCAUCACAGAACUAGACCAACAUAAUGAGUGUUUCAGCUCUGAGUAUUUCAUAAAUGAUCCCAAAACUAAGUCAUAAAAAAACUUGUUGGCAUUUUUUGUUAUGAGUCCCCUAAAAAAAGUUGCAGGGUCUGAGGUAAAUAUUGACCAUGUGAAGCCAGAAUCAUGUCCAUGCAUUUCUGACCUUCAGAAUAUUUAAGUUCUUGAUAUCAGCCUGAUUUACUCAGAUGACAACAUGAGAGAAAAUAAUCCCAUGUAACAACUGUAGAAGAUUCUGUGUCUCAAACCUCAGUGUUGUGUGGGCACAUUGUAUGAUAAACCUCGAUAAAUGGUCAGCACAUCCUAUGUGGUUAGUAAUUACAUUCUAGAAUAAAAUGUGAACAAAUUAAUAUAGUGUAAUUGCUUAUGAAGAUGUGAAUGGAUGUAUUACUUCAUUUAACACCCUACAAAAUCCCAGUACAAGCAAUGCUCUUCAUCGCUGUUUCAACUUUGUUGUAAAAAGAUUUUUUAAUGUAAAUAAAAUUUUAUGCUCAAAAUUGA